AUGUUUGCCUCACUUCCCUCCACCCUGUCCUCACUCCUCCAAACGUCAACUCUCGAAGACCACGAGCAGAUCCUCUCGGAAUGUAGCAAAACGUUGAAGUCAAACGGCUCUGACAUCGGGACCCAACAUGUCAAAGUCGUCGCCCUCCUCAAACUCGAUCGCUACGAGGACGCCGUGAAAUUCAUCGAAGAAACUGCCGGGCUGAAGAACAAGGUCGAGCUGGAAUAUGCCUAUGCUUUGUACAAGACUGGCCGUCUGAAAGAGGCCGCGGAGUUGGCGGCUACGAUAAAGGGAAGAGGGGCACAACAUGUCGAGGCACAAGCCCGAUACCGUCUUGAAGACUCGGCCAUUCCUUCGGAACUGUACAAGCGCCUACGAAGUCAAAAGCUCGAUUCGGAGCAAUACGAUCUGCGCGUGAAUCAGGGCGCCAUUGACGCUCAGGCGCAAUGGCUUGGUCUCGCUGAUGCCCAAUCAAUACGACGAGUUGGAAGAGAAGAUCUAGAAGCUUUCGAAACUGCGUAUAACGCCGCCUGUGGAAGUAUUGGGAGGGGGGAAUAUGGUCAAGCCGAAGUUCUACUGAAGCGAGCAAAGGAACUAUGCAAGCACUCGGACGAUCUCACCGACCAGCAAAAAGCGGACGAGCUCCUCCCCAUCUCGGUUCAGCAGUUGUUUGUGCUAUUAUGUUUGGGGAAAAUGGCAGAAGCAGAGAACCUUGCUGGUGAAAUCAACGCGGCGGACGCCUCCGACCUCUCAACCCGUAGAAUCGGCCAGAACAAUGUUCUAUUGGCCUCGUCAGUGUUCAACCCCUUCCUCGCUCACAAGGCUUUUCACGAAACUCCCAAGAUUCCACCGAACGAUAGACUCUUCUCGUACCAGAGUAUUCCCCUAGAGUCCAACAGAAUUACCAUCGACCUGCAGACUUUCAAAUUCGACGGCAUUGCCUCAUCCACGUCCAAAACCACCAAAGGAAGCACUUCUCCCUCAAUAUCGCCCGAUGUGCUGCUAGCAUCCUACUUCAAUGCAGCCGCUCAUGCCAAAACCGAAACAGGCAAACCCGCCAUCAGAAAGAUAUUGCCGCUACUAGCGAAACGGCCAAAUGACAUUGGGUUGAUAAUCACUUUAGUCCAAUUGUACGUGGUGAGUGGAGACACAACCUCCGCGGUUGAAUUGGUUGAGACGUUGUUCAAAAGACUGGAGAUGUCUGUCGCCGAGGGCGAGCGAGAUAUCAGAUUCAACCCCAUGCUUGUGAGUCUCAUGAUCAGUUUGUAUCAGGUACGGGGUCAGAAAGAUCAUGUCAAGCAGGAACUUGCCAAGGCUGCAGUACAUUGGCGAACCAAAUCGAGUGCACCGAUGAGUUUGCUCACCGCUGCAGGGGUGUCAUUGUUGGAGUCGCAGAGUGAAGAAGACGCGAAACUCGCAUCCGACAUCUUCACCAAGCUCCGCGAGCAGCAGCCGAAUGACAAGGCUACGAUUGCCGGUUACGUGGCGUCACAUGCCCAGGAUGACGAGGCUGUGGUUGGGGCAGAUGCCGAUAAGCUGACUGGCACGGCUGAGCUCAUUCGCAAUAUCGACAUCGACCUGUUAGAGAAUACGGGAAUUCCACAGUCGUCGAAUGCUCUCACAAUAGCACAACUGGGCCGGACAAGAAAACGAGGUGCUCCGGCGGGUGGCAAUCUUAAACCCAAACGCAUUCGGAAGUCGAGAUUGCCCAAGGACUAUGAUGAAAGCAAGAAGCCGGAUCCUGAGCGGUGGCUGCCUAUGAGAGACAGAAGCUAUUAUCGCCCUCCCAAGGGUAAGAAGAAAGGCAAGCGCGGAGGUGGUAGUGAUGAUCGCACCCAGGGUGGCGCGGUGGAUGAAUCCUUGAAUGUUGACGCGAAACCCGGUGCCGCUGCGGUGGUUACAGCCUCCGCGGGAGGAGCGAACAAGAAGAAGAAGGGGAAAGGGAAGAAAUGA